AUGGACGAACGCAAUGAACCAGAUGUAAAUUGGAAAAACGACUUUAAGUGGCUUGAUAUCAAAAAAGAAGAAGAAAUAUUCGUGAUGUAUUGCAGAAUAUGCCAUGAAGCUAAAAAAAAAAAUGCAUUCGCUAAUGGCUGUAAAAUAUAUAAAAGAGAUUAUCUGGUCCGACAUCAAGCUAUAGCUGAUCAUAAACAACUGGUUAAUUUAAAUAAAUAUCAAACUAGAAUUGAAACCUUCCUAGUACCAUCAAAAAGAAAACCAACUCACAUAUCACCACCACCAAGUCAAUCACCAAGUCAGUCACCAAGUCAGUCACCAAGUCAGCCGCCAAGUCAGCCGCAAACUCCGUCACCAAGUCAGCCACAAACUCCGUCGCCAAGUCAGCCGCAAACUCCGUCACCAAGUCAGCCGCAAACUCAGCCGCAAACUCCGUUGCCAAGUCAGCCGAAUUAUAACAUAUUAGAAAACAG